CUCACAUACUCUCUAAUGGCUAACAUAAAACUUCUUUACCAUUACUUCAUAAGCCACUUUUUCAAGCUCUGCUUGCUCCCAUUAGCAGCACUUGUGGCCACUAGAGCAUCAAGCCUAACCCAAGAAAAUUUCCAAAAUCUCUGGUUCCAUUUCCAGCACAACCUCCUAACCCUAACCAUUUUCUUUUGGGUUUUCAUUCUCGGGUCAACCAUCUACUUCUUGACCCGACCUAGACCUGUUUACCUCGUCGACUACUCCUGCCAUCUUCCUCCUGCGCAUCAAAAGAUUACAGUCCAAAAGAUCAGAGAUAAUAUCAACAAGAACCUAGAAAUAAAUCCUUCUCUGAGAUCACUGGGCGAGGAUUCGUCGUUAGACUUCUUUUAUAGGGUUCUUGAACGUUCAGGUCUGGGGGAGGAGACCUACAUUCCAGACGCACUUCAUAGCGUCCCACCUCUCCAGACCAUGGCGGCUGCACGUGAGGAGACUGAACAAGUCAUCUUCGACGCCAUUGACAAUCUCUUAGCCAACACUAAAGUCAACUCACGCGAUAUCAGUAUAAUCAUCCUGAACUCAAGCACGUUUAACCCAACUCCUUCGCUCUCAGCGAUGGUUGUGAACAAGUACAAGCUUAGGAGCAACAUCAAAAGUAUCAACCUUGGCGGAAUGGGCUGCAGCGCAGGCGUCAUUGCCAUCGAUCUUGCUAAGGACUUGUUGCAAGUCCAUAAGAACACUUAUGCUCUUGUGGUGAGCACAGAGAAUAUCAGCCGCAACGCGUACGCAGGUGACAACAAAUCUAUGAUUGUCGCCAACUGCUUGUUUCGUCUUGGUGGAGCUGCGAUCUUGCUCUCUAACAAGCCGGGAGACAGAAGACGUUCCAAGUAUAAACUGCUCCACACGGUUCGGACACACACCGGAGCAGAUGACAAAUCUUUUAGAUGUGUGCAACAAGAAGAUGAUGACAAGGGCAAAACCGGAAUCUCAUUGACCAAAGAUAUAACCUCUGUUGCUGGGAGAACCAUUACCAAAAACAUAGCCACUUUGGGUCCAUUGGUUCUUCCCGUGAGCGAGAAGCUCCUCUUUUUCAAGACUUAUAUACGCAAGAAGUACUUGGACGACAAGAUUAAACACUAUGUUCCGGAUUUUAAGCGUGCUAUUGAUCAUUUCUGUAUCCAUGCGGGUGGGAGAGCUCUGAUUGAUGAGCUUGAGAAAAAGUUGGGACUAUCACAAGUAGACGUAGAGCCAUCAAGAUCAACUUUGCAUAGAUUUGGUAAUACUUCAUCGAGCUCUAUUUGGUAUGAGCUGGCUUAUACGGAGGCCAAAGGUAGGAUGAAGAAAGGGAACAAAGCUUGGCAGAUUGCUUUAGGUUCAGGUUUUAAGUGUAACAGUGCUGUGUGGAUGGCUUUACGCAAUGUCAACCCUUCGGUUAAUAGUCCUUGGGAACAUUGCAUUGACAAAUACCCGAUUAAGCUUGAUCUUUGAUUCUCUCAAAGUUAAUAAGGUUGAUCUCCAAUAUGCAUGAUCGCUCCACUUGUUUCUCUUCCUUUAUGAUAUGUUGGUGAGUCUAUGUUUCCUCUUGUUCGUUGUUGA